AUGGAUGCUUCAGAUAAAACCAAGGAUGCAAAGUACAUUGCCAAAUUGUUGCGGGAUGUCAUAAAAGAGGUUGGCCCGUCAAAUGUUGUUCAUAUUGUCACCGACAAUGGUUCAGCCUUUGUUAAGGCUGGAGAGAUGAUGCUGGAGCGAUACCCUAUUUAUUGGACUCCUUGUGCUGCACAUUGCAUUGGUCUAAUAUUUGAAGAUAUUGGGAAGCAAGAGUCGGUGGCUAAUGUCAUAAAUAAGGCUAGGAAAUUAACCAACUACAUUUACAAUCAUGGUUGGCUAUUGGCUCAGAUGAGGAUCUUCUGUCAAGCAGAUUUGGUCAGACCCAGUUCAACUCAAUUUGCGACAAACUACAUCACCAUCAAUAACAUCUUAAAUAAGAAAGCUGAGUUGAGGCAACUUUUUACAAGUGAGGAAUGGUAUAAUAGUCGAUUCAGUGAAUCAGAAGAGGGGAAGAGAAUUGAAAGUCAGUCCUUGAUCAUAGAUUUUGGGAUACCAUGGAAGGAGUGCAAUCCAUCAAUGAGCCUUUGUAUAGCAUCCUGCGAAUUGUUGACACAGAGAUAUCAAUAUGAAUAUGAAACAGGGGUUGGCCACAAUAAAGAGUUACUUUCAGGACUCCAAUGCGUGUUUGAGAGGUUGAACCCAACUGGGGAUAGAGGUUUGCAAGCAUUUGGGGCUGAGGUGAUAAAUUUUAGAGACUGUAGAAAGACAUUUCGCACUGAGAUGGCCAUCAAAUCAAGAAAAUCGAUCCCCUUAGUAGAAUGGUGGAAUCUUCAUGGUGAUUCUGCCCCAAACUUGCAAAAAAUUGCUAUGCUUAUAUUGUCACAGAUAGCAUCAUCAUCGGCAUGUGAGCAAAAUUGGAGUACAUUUUCUCUUAUUCACACGAAACAAAGGAACUAUCUCGCAUAUACUAGGCUGGAAAAGAUUGUCUUUUGCUAUUAUAAUAUGAAACUUAAGCUACGUAAUGAAGAGGCCGAAAUAAACAAGGUUGCAGAAAAUGACUACAUAGACCUUCUUGACAUUCCAGGGCAACCAUCUGAUGAUGAUAAUAAUCCAAUUCAACAAUGGAUUAUGACAACUCACUUGGAUGAUGAACAAGGCAACCCUGAUGCCGUUAUAGCACAACAUGCUGCCCAAGAAGGAGUUGAUGUUGAUAAAGUCAUAUCCGAAGAUGUUAGGAGUGGAAAUACUUCAUCAUUUGAAAGGGAUAUGCUUGGACCUCGGCAAGGUCAAAGACGUCCCUUGAGAGACGAUGCCAGUGCUAGUAGAAAGGAAAGUUCAUCCAAUUCGUCGGAUAAUGAUGGAGGAAGUAAUGCUGGAUCAGGAGGUAAUGAAGAAGGAAGACAAUAUAGCCCAUUUACUGUUGAGGAUGAUUUUACUCAUGCCACCCAAGAUGAGGAUCAUGGAUGCAGAGAAGCUGGGCCAGGCAUUGGCCCAAUUGGGAAGCAAUACUCAAAGAAAAGAAGCCAACCAAUCAAUCCAUCUGAAGAGGACAUGGCGAUCAGUUUUGGAUCUAUGAGGAUAGGAACUAGACCUAGUACAAACUCAAAUGAAUCUUAUGAUGGCUAUGGUUAUGUCAUGUCUGAUUAUAGUGGAACUAGUUAUGGAGCUCAAGAUGAUGAAACAUAUUAUGGACUUACUAGUUGGGUUAAUCCUAACUAUCCUAUAUAUGGGAGGACAGUAGGGAGUUAA